GCAGGCCAUCUUUAUCGGCCCAUUUGUAGUGCUGUGACUGUGAUUUACAACAACAAAAGAAAAAAGAUUAUGAUCGCUAAACCGAUAGCGAGUGUUUAUUGAUUUUGUCUUCCCUUCGUCGACUUGUGUUUUUCAGAGCCAAAUUGAAAUUUCGGAAAGUUUUGGGUCUUCCAAAUGCAAUAUUUUCCUCAGGGGUCAACAAUCAAUUUUGAAGAAUACAAACCUUGGCAGAUUUUUUUUUAUAUUGACUUUCCAUAAGUAAACAUUCUCCGUUUAAUGUGAACUUGUUGUGCAAGGCGUAGUCUCAAUAUAUUAGAGCUAAACCACGAUGGAGAAGCUGAAUACUCACAAGAUUCACAGACAUUUUGUUCAGGGUUUACACAAUGUUCCAGCUUAAUUUCAAACCUUCUGUCUUUAGAAAUGUCAUCAGACACACUACAAAUAGCGUUCGAAUGUUCUCAUCUUCAACACCAACCUUCCCGUUUAUGCUGAUUGACUACCUCACCAACUUCUCAUCCGUUGAAGACGAUGGUCCUGUGACAAAAUGGUAUGGAAGCAGUCCCCCAAAUUGCUACAAUCAAAAGGAAAUAUUGAUUAGAGACUUGAAACUCAGGGAGGAGGUCCUUGAAGCAAUGACUUCUGGAUUUUCGCGUAACCAAUCAUUUGGAUUCUAUGAUUAUUAUCAAUCUGAUAGUGGUGAUAACCCUCCUAUUCUCCUCAAACACAAACCCUCUAACCCGGAGUUAACAGAGGUAAGUGCACAGCUACCUCCUUUGCCUUGUGGUACCAAGAUCCAGAACAUUGCCAUGUCAAGUUUUUCUAACCGAAGAAGAGAUUGGGCUGUGUGUGUGAAGUUACCUGGUUCUCAGUUAAGUCUUUGUAGACCUUUUGCUUUUGGUCAGUUUAAAUGGAUAAACAUCAAACCAAUGCCUGAGUCUAUAAGCUCUUUCUCGAGUAUUAUGUUCUCCAAGAAAGAUCAAAGGUUUUACAUUCCAUCACCUGGAGGCAACCAUCUGUGCUCUUUGGAUCUCAACUUCAAGGAGGGUGACAUGCCUCGGUUCUUGCGCAUCGGGUUCGAAGAUUAUCCUAAGUCGGUGGUUAGCGAGUUGGAGGAAUUGAAUUCUUGUUCCAGGACAGACCACAUUGUGGAAUCACCCACUGGAGAGCUCUUCUACAUUAAGUGGUACGGUGAGGAGUACGAGGGUGAGGACUUGGAUAGAGAUGAAAACUACAACGAUGUGGUGAGAUCGUUGACGCACAAAACCAAAAAGUUCAUGGUGUUUAGAGAGAAAGAAACAGGAUACGCUGAAGAAAAGAAGAAUGAGGUUAUAAUAUACACAGAAGAAGAUGAUAAGACUAUGACCUACACAGAAGACAUUGGAGAUCUCUGCAUUUUUGUUGGACAUAGUCAGGCUUACUGUGUCCCGGCCAGCUCGUCCCCUGGACUCAAGCCUAACUGCAUCUAUUUCGUGGGCUACAGCUUCGGUGUUUAUGAUAUCACCACAAAAACUUGCACUACCUUCUUUACCAGAGAUGCUGACGAAGAAGAUAGUGAGAUAGCUCCAUUAAGGAGAUUAGAUUUCCCUUACUGGCCUCCCCCAUUUCCGAUCUCUUGUUAAGAACUAACAAAAAAAAAGCUUUAGUUUUUCUUUUGUUCGUGAGUUUUGUGUUCGUUCUUAUUUUUCUUUAUUAUAGACACAUUGAUGAGUACACGUAUAGUUAUCCUUUUAUUAAAAGCUCGAGAGCUUCUUGCCUGCACCUUUUUGCUUCAGAAUGCACUCUAAAACAUAUUAGUCAUGCCCGUCUCGUUUUUUUUUUGACAACAUUAUUCAAAUACUAACUAGAAUCUCCAACCGAAGAAUUAUAAUAUCAUGCCCGUCUCGCUAAACUUAUGAACCUUGUACAAAUUAUAAUAUCUCGUAAGAAUAAUAAAAAACAUUAGAAAGGGACCUAACUUUUAGAAAUAUUACCCUAAUCUUUAUAAAAGCACCUGAUAUGGGCUGGAGAUCUAUCACUUUCAAAAUUCAAGUUGGAGUUGAAUUGUUUUUAUCCCUUAAAUUGCAAAAGCUCUCAAUAGUUUAUUCAAACAAGAAGACUCGAAAGGUGCAACAAUCUUCUACAAGAUAAAAGUAUAAACCAGCAAAAUUAACCGUCCAGCUCUUCAAAAAGAGCAUAACUUUGGAACAUUAAAAAAA